UUCGAUUGUCUUCCAAUGCUGAAGAGAAAUCAAUCACCAACCAAAAGUAAGUUGGAGAGAAGGGCACGGCACUCCUCCAUCGGCAAGGACUCAAAGCACAUGCUACUCUUCCUGUUGUUGCUACAUCAAGCUAGCUAGUACUCCUGCAUCUGAAUUUUGAUCCUGUGGCGGACUGGAUGGAUUGAUCGAUCAGGAGACAGGUGCUCUUUUUUGGUUUUGUGGAACGGUGGACUCGACGCAUUCUCUUGGCUGGUACAGCAUUGUUGGUGCACAUCCCUUCAUUUUCUCUACCAUGACACCCACAAACAGACCAAAACAGCGCACAGCACGCCGCAGUGAUGUCGGCUUUCUUCCCGAUCCAUCACCUGGAGGAGCACGCGGAUAUGAUGCAGCACACCGCACUACUGCCGUGGCAUUGCGUACGAUUGGAGAAGACGACGACAAUAUUGUGGAAGAAGAAGACAAUCCAGCAGUUGCCAACCUUCGACAGGACCAUCUUCUUCUUGCCUCAAUGACUUCCUACCAAGCCAGUAACCCAUACAACCUUGCCUGGAGACACGUCUUUUGGAAUCAUCCCUAUCCCUUUGGCGUCAAAGGUACUAGCCGCAGCCGCAUCAUUGACUGGGACGAGAAAUCCAUUUUUGUAGAGACAGUCAAACGAAACUAUGCCUACAUUGGUUCGAGAGCUCCACAGGUGGGGCCCUACGAAAAGUAUACUUUGACGGCUGCCAUUCGUGGUGGAGUCCAUGGUAAAUGCUGGUUUGAUUUUUUCCUCCGUACUGGAGCACCAUCAGUCCUGAAAACCUAUGACUUUCUCGAUGCAGUCAUCAAUGGUCCUGGUGGCAUUGGUGAAGGAGGAGAUGACAACACUCACACUUUCAUUUGCGACCAUCGCUCUGUUCAUCACAAUCCCUUGAUUGUCAUGGUGAUCAACAACAAGCGGCAUCGCCAUCUCUUUCGAGCACCAUACUAUCACUGUGAUGGACCGAUCGAAUACUUUUUCAAUCAUGUGCAACAGCUACUAGCAUUGGAGCUCCACAAUAUUCAAACUGGACAGCAGCUUGAGCAAGCCAUUGGUGGAAUCUGCCAGCGUGCCGCAGGAUUCUCGGACAACUAUUUUGCCCACUGUGGCUAUGCUCCAUAAUAACUACUACUACUAGAUAAUAGAUUUGUUUCUUUUC